AUAGGUGUGUUAGAAUAAUUAUUUUGUAUUUUGACUUUGUAUCUGAGAGCCAUGACUUGCUUCUGUAUAUCAAGUAAAACAUUAACUUUUUUUUGUGCAACAAGAAGUAAGGCAGGCUCCUAACAACUUACAGACCUUGCAGAACAGCCCGGAAGGAAAAAAAUGAAGCUCCCAAUUUUCAUAGCAGACGCCUUCACAGCAAGAGCGUUUCGUGGGAAUCCCGCUGCUGUUUGCCUCCUGGAAAAUAAGCUGGAUGAAGACGUGCAUCAGAAAAUUGCCAGGGAAAUGAACCUCUCGGAAACUGCUUUUGUCCGAAAACUACAACCAACAGACGACUUUACACAGAGUUCCUGCUUUGGACUCAGAUGGUUUACACCGGCCAGUGAGGUCCCGCUCUGUGGCCACGCCACCCUGGCUUCUGCGGCUGUGCUGUUUUACAAAAUAAAAAACGUAAAUAGCACUCUAACCUUUGUCACUCUGAGUGGGGAGCUCAAGGCCAGAAGGGCAGAAGACGGCAUUGUCCUGGAUCUGCCUCUCUAUCCGACGUUCCCCCAGGACUUCCAUGAAAUAGAAGCUUUGAUAAAGGCAGCCAUAGGUGACACCAUGGUCCAGGACAUCCAGUAUUCUCCUGAUACCCGAAAGCUCCUUGUCCGGCUAAGUGAUUCUUACAACAGGUCAUUUCUGGAGACCUUGAAGGUGAACACAGAGACUCUGCUACAAGUUGAAAACACCGGGAAGGUAAAAGGACUCAUUCUCACCCUUAAAGGCGAGCCUGACGGGCAGACUUACGACUUCUACUCCAGGUACUUUGCUCCGUGGGUUGGCGUGGCGGAGGACCCGGUGACAGGAUCUGCACACACUGUUCUCAGCAGCUACUGGUCCCAGCAGCUUGGGAAAAAAAACAUGCGUGCCUUUCAGUGUUCCCGCCGAGGAGGGGACCUGGAUAUUUCCCUGCGAGCUGACGGACGUGUUGAUGUUAGAGGCAGUGCAGCUAUUGUUCUGGAAGGCACACUGACAGCCUGGAGAGGCUGACCAUAGAGUGUCACUAUCUCUGAUGACAGAUUUCUGCAUAAGAAGAAAUGUAAGGGGCUGCCUUUAGCAAACGUUCCUGGCAGUCCACUAAGCUGGAGAGAUGGCUUAGCUUUGCCUGCAAAGCCAAAGGACCUCGGUUCGAUUCCGCAGGGCCCACGUAAGCCAGGUGCACAAGGGGGCACAUGCGUCUGGAGUUCAUUUGC